CAUUAUCAUGAGUCUAUAAAUAUAAAAUUGAAAAUUAGAAGAAAAAUAUAAAGAUACAAAAACAACUGAUCCAAAUCAGACACGAAAAUUUUCACCCCUUCCCGGAGCUUUCAAUUUCUUUUCUCAGUAGAAACGCCUGAACCAUAGCAAAUGGAUAUGUACAUUCGUGUUAAGCGUAGUAAGACAACGUAUUUCAUCCGGUGCAAGCCAUCCGAUAAAGUUCUUGACAUAAAGCAGAAGUUACAAGAACUCAUCGAUCAACCAGCUAAUGAUCAGCGAUUAAGUCUUCCUGAUACAGGGGAUAUAUUAGAGGACUCUAAGACUCUGGCUGAUCAAAAGAUUGAAACUGAUGCUGUUGUUGCAUUGACCUUGAGGAAAGAUGGUAAUGAGUUCGAGGAGGUAAACAUUGUUCGGCCAAAUGAUUUCUAUCAGCCAAAUGCAGAGGGUGCCAGUUGGUAAUUGGUAAAGCCAUACUCGACCAAAGACUGUCCCAAGUAGUUUCUUGAUAAGUGCUAAUCCUGUUAAUUUUCAGGUGACUUGGUGAAUUUCAUGACUUUGAAACAUUUUCAAAUGAUUGAUAAGUUGUAGAGAUAAAUGAUGUACUUGUUUACAUUACACCAAAACUUUACCUUAAGUAAAAAUGGCACUCUCUUCCUGCAAGGAUUCUAUCAUGGUGAAUCAAAUUUGUGGUUAAAGGUCUAGACUGACCUUAAACCGAUGUGAUACAAUAGGACUUGUAAUAGGAUCAUGUCAUCUAGAAGACACAAACCAUUUUACAUAGUAUUAAGGGAGUUAAAGUUUGAAUUUUCUUAAAAAAACUCAAUAUAUGUUGUUUUUGCUCUA